AUGAGCUCAGAGGAAAGCGACGUUGACGACAUUGAUAUAGAUUCAUUGAAAGCCGAGAUUCAAAAUCUUUCGGAACAGAUAAAAUUAGAUCCCUUUGCUUAUGAUGCUCAUGUUCGUCGAAUAAAAUUACUUCGUGCUGCUAAGGAAUACGAUCUUCUUCAUGAUGCUCGUGAAUUAAUGGCGGAGAAUUUUCCUCUCACGCCUGGCACGUAUUCUGCUUCCUUUGUUAUUAUCUUUUUAUUAUUCUUUUUCUUUUUAGAAUUGUGGCUUGAUUGGUUUGAGGAUGAGAGGGCGCUUUUGAAGGAAGAUGAUAGUCGCGAUCCAAUAGAGAGUCUAUUCAAAAGAGCACUAAAUGAUUACCAAAGUGUGGACCUUUGGUUGGAGUAUUGCCACUUUGCUAUUGGGGAGAUAGCCGCUUCUGGUGAUUUGGAUCGAACUCGCAGCGUUCUAGAAUCCGCUUUAUUAUCACAAGGACUCAAUUUUAGUAACGGUCAUGUUUUGUUUGAAAUCUAUCGGGAGUUCGAAAAAGUCUGCCUUGUCCAACUGCAGUGUAAUAAUGCGGACGAGGCAGCGAUGGAGGAUCAGGUAAAGAAGAUCGAUAGCAUCUACCGACGCCAUCUCGCUGUCCCUCAUAUAGAUUUAGAUUCAACAAUGGAGGAGUAUAAGGAAUUUCUAGAAGGUUCGGAACCUUCCCCUGCUUGUAUAGCCGAUUUUGAAGCUGCCAAAAAGAAGUGGGAGGCCUUGGAGAAAUUUGAGCUGAAGAUAUCAGAUAUUAAAGAAGAUCAAGAAGGAGACAAGGAGGAAUAUGAAGACGAACCUAAAGAUCAAUCAGCACUUCUCACUGCAUGGCAAGACUACUUGAAUUAUUCAUUAGAGCGUGCCACCCGAAAGGGGACGAAAGCGAAUAUCAAGAAAGCAGAAGGCACCGGGGAGAUGUCGGUCACUCCCUUGGAAAUGAUCUGCCUCUACGAGAGAGCCAUAACUGACUUGUGUCUCCAUGCCGAGAUUUGGCAACAGGCGGCCGAUUACCUGGAAAUUUACGUGUCAGCCGAUCAACAGAGGCUAAUUGAUACCCUGAAGAGGGCGGUGAGGAAUGUCACUUGGAGUGCGGAUCUUUGGUGCCGUUAUGCUCGAGCAGUUGAGACGAAAGCUCUGACCGAAUUCGCUCAUUCUUCUGCCAAUGGUGACCAAAUGGAAGAAGGCUCUACGUAUAAUAUUUCUAAGGAGUUUGAUCCUGUUAGACAAGUCUUUGAAAACGCCCUAUGUAAUGCUUUUUCAACUCCCAGUGAACUCACAGCUGUUUGGAUGGGCUACUGUGACUUUCUUCUUCGGCUCAUCUCUAAUUUCAACGAUCCGCAAAUCAAAGAUCGAACCACUAAGAUGCUUAGAGAUAAUUUCCAAAGAGCUCAAACGCAUAUCUCGUUGGCUUUUCCCAAAAAUGCUGAACAGGAAUUUCCCAUUUAUCGCUAUUGGGCAUUCGUUGAGGCGAAAUUUUUCGGCGAUAUCGAACGCGCUCGGGAACUUUGGAAGACGAUGUUGAAAGACGGACACAAUGGGAACAAUAAUGCCUUUUGGAUUUCCUACUUGGAGUUUUUGAAGAAUUACGACGACGUCGAUAACCUUUUGCGCGUUGCUGGAAUGGCUGUUAAUUCAGUGACAGGCCACUACGCAGAGACAGUGUUUGAGACGGCGCGUCGAUGCCUCACUGAACGUGCUCUGGAUCUCGCUCGACUCAAGGAGUUCGAUGCCAAGGUCACCCUGCGUCGAAAUCGCCUAAAGUCGUCUUCGAGUAAUGCUCAAGCAGACAAUGAAGCUGGAAAUGAUUCCCAGAACCAACGGAAAUCUGAAAACCGUUCGACGAAUGCACCUCAGCAGGAGAAGUCCCCGAAAUCUGGAAAACGAAAAGCCGAAUCUGCAGUUCAAAAUAUUGCAACCCACUCAAAACGCCCGAAGGUAAGUGUUUUUUUCUCUGAAUCUGGUAAAUGGUCAAAUUGCUCUGAUGAAGGUGCGGGCGAUCGACCAAAACAUGGGGAAACAGUUGUCCACGACCCUACCAAGGAUGAUCGAACAGUCUUUAUCAGUAAUCUGCCCUUCGUCACAACGGAAGAUGAGUUGAAAGCCAUUUUCCAGAAGUGUGGCGAAGUUGUUUCAAUUCGCCUAGUACGUGACUACGCGGGUAAAUCAAAAGGUUUCGGCUAUGUCGAAUUCCCCUCUCCAGACCAGGCGGCAUUGGCUUUGGAGCUUGAUCGUACUCCUAUUAACACAAAGACUGCAAAGGGAGUCAUUGGUAGGCCGAUGUUCGUGUCCGUCUGUGAUACAACUCGAUCAAAGCCCUCGGGAUUCCAUUAUAGCACUGGGUUUCCGGAGCCCAAAAAGCUGUUUGUCAAGAACCUUGACAAAGUGGUCAGUGAGGAGGCGUUGAAGACAUUCUUCGGCCAGCACGGCAAAGUGGUUAGCGUUCGGUUGGCUACGUUCCGCAACGGGGUGCCGAAGGGUCACGCAUAUGUGGAGUUCGCCACUGAAGAGGAGGCCAGUCGGGCUCUUACAGCCACCGAUGGUGCUCAAAUUGGUUCCAAGGCCAUUUCUGUUGCUAUUAGCAAUCCACCACCUCGUCCAAGUGGCAGUGGUAACCAACAGUCUCAUCCACCACAACCAACUCAUCACCAGCAACAGCAACAGUCGAAAUCGAAAUCAUCUACAAAUCCAACAGUCGUACGAUCAACGGCCCACACUCAGUUGGCCUUUAUGCCUAGAGCACUUCAUCGGACAGCUGGGGGUGGUUCCACCGAUUCAACAAAAGACGACGCCGCAGCAGCAGCAACUGGUCCACCGAAGAGUAAUGCUGACUUCCGAAAAAUGUUCCUCAAACAAUGA